AUGCAUUUACCAAUUGUUUCUUCAUGCGUCGAUGAAUCAGAGGAUUUUAUACCAUCCACACCGAUCCUUGUGACAGAAUCUAUCGAUGAUAGUGAUAUCAACGACGAAGAUUCUAGUUCUGAGGAUGGUGAGAAGGAACAUCAGCACGACGAAGAUGACGACGGAAUAGAGAAAAAGAGCCCACAGAAAAUCUUAUCGCCGCCGAACCAACCAACGAAGCUGCAUCAAGACCUACACAAAGACUUUGACGAACCUGCGGUCCUCGCUGAUCAUCACGAUUGGUCGCAUAACAGCAACGGCAUAACCUACCAAAGAAACAAGACGUGGUUAGCAUAUACUCCAACACCAUAUGCAUAUACAUACCUACCUUGA